AUGCCGAGGGAGGACCGCCGUGUAGCUGUGAUUGUUGUGUUGUGUGACGAGGUUCCUAGCUUACUCUUCUGCGACUCGGCAGACGGCGUCGGAGCCAAAAAUUAUGAAUUAUGCGAAAUUCAUUCAAUGCUCAAUCACGGAAGGGGUUGUGUUUUGAUGAAUUUGCUUUCCGGCUCUGACGAUGUCUGUAUGCCAGACGGUAUCGUCCACCCGAUCUCCGGAUCCCCGAGCCAAACCAGCCACGAAGUCGGCGAAUCGGACAAGGGAAACGUCAGUUCGGCGGUUGGUUAUUAUUACUCUUUUCUAUCCUCCAUUCGACAUUAUCUGACUGUCCCUUUUGAUCAGAUGGGCCCGUACCGUCGAGAUGAGAUCUCAAUAUUUGAUCUCGCGAAGGGCAUUGACUGUUGUCAGAACUCCGAAGGCUCAUUCUCUCUCCUCCUCGAUAUCCCCCCUCUUCGUCAUGGCAGUCGUGUCGCCAUAGCCUCCCAUGCCCUCGGGCCAGCAUGCCGUAGAGGGGGUGUGGCCGUGGGCCCGGAGUGUUCCAGACGAAGUCUGCUUCGUUCGUAUGGACGGGUCAAACGCGUCAAGCAUCAACUGCCAGGCAGGCAAACGGCUGGUGCGGGCUGCUCUGCUCGGAGCGCUAUCCGGGAGGAGAAGAAGCCCACUCAACUUCCAUACCACAGCCACUUCGGCGUUAAUUCACCAUCAGAGCGCUCGCUUUGCCCCAUCAUUUCUCCCUCUUCCGGGCCAGAUUCUCUGUCGGCGGGAGUCGCUUCCGUCGUAUCUCUGACUCAGCCCGUUGACUAUGGCUCAUCUGAAGCUAGUCGCGUUGCCAACUGA